CGAAAACAAAACAGGAAGGGAUAAGAGCCGAGAGAGAAUGCUUAACUUGCUAACUGAGCUACAUCAGUUGCAUUUUGAAAAGAAAAACAAUAAAGAGAAUACAGUUCAGUUUUCUGCUAGUCACUUAAUAGGAAAAUACAUUGAAAGAUUUGUUUUUAUAGACGAUGGCAAGCUGGACCUUGCAGCAAGAUAGCUAAAUGUGUCGGGGGUUUGCAGACGCAAAAACGAGCUAACCAGCGCACUUGAAAAAUUGUACUUCCGCGUACAAUGUUCUUUUCCGCAGACAAGCGUCAACUUUCGACCAGGAACCCCCAUUAGACGUGUCAAUUCACGUAGGAGGCUCAUUUAUUCCAAGUCUGGGCUGUUUUGGGCCCCGUGCUCGAACCCCACCAUGAGCAUCAUCGGAGCAGAGGACGAUUUCUUCGAGAACGACCUGGGUCCCACGGUGGACGACCAGUGCAGCCACUUCAACAGCAUCGACCUGCUGAAGGACAGGCCUACUCACCUGCUGGUCUUCCUGAACCACGUCCUUCUGCAGUUUGACACUGCUCCACUGCUGUGCUACCUCCACGCCGACCUCUUCAAGCCCCUCAGCGCCAAAGAGACCAAGAAGCACUUCGUGGACUUCUACAACACGUUCGUGGACAAGGGAGCAAUCCUCAGAGUGCCAGUGCCCACCAAUGUGUCCGUUGAGUUCGAGCGUUCACGUCCAGAAAGCAUCAGUGAGGACAUGCAGAAGCGCUUCACUGAGGAAAUCCAGGCCCAGCUGGUACCCGAGAUCAUGCGGCAGCUGGAUGACUUCAAGCAGAAGAGGAUGAUGGGAAUGAUACUCAACGAGCACGAGCUGAUCGAGGUGGAGUCCCACCACCCCACGGAGAGGAUCCCCACGGAGAUGAAGGAGAAGGCCGUGGCGGAAAGCCUGCUGGAGAAGCUCUCCGACAUCCCACCCGGCAUCGACGAGGACAAAUACACCGCCAUCUUCGCCGCCCUGGUCUCCUACAUGAAGCACCUGGGCGUUAAGUACAGGACCCACGACGGCAAGAAGUCCAGAGGGUUCUUCAAGAAAAGGAAUCCCCUGAGGAGGUUCGAAGAUUCAGCCCGACAGAGAUUCCCCAACAUACCUUGGAUUGGGAGCAAUGAAAUCAAAAUGUCUAAACCGGAGAAUGAAGGUGAGAAAGAGAAGGCGGUCCCUCCUACCCGCAUCGUGGGCCCCGAACCCAGCCCGCUGCCCUUUCCGCACAAGAAACAGGCCUCCAUGGGGCCUCCGGGGGGUCAUCUGGGGUCAGAGGGCAGUGAGGGUUCAGGGGUCAGCGUCAGCAUGACCGCCAGCCUGGACUCCUCCCAACCCGAUUUUGGGCUGCUCAGUCGCUCUGAAACCCUGGUGGUGUCGGAAACGGUGGAGGUGCCCCCCGCGUUCAAGGGUGGGCCGUCCGUCUCGGACCCCCCCCAGGCCAGCGAGCCCGCCCUGGACGACAGCCAGGACGGAGACAGACGCAAGCCAAGGACGUCGGCAGCGGUCCGGCGCAGCGAGAGCCUGCACAGCGAGAGGCGUCGCUCGAAGCGCGGCUCCGGCCGGGACAAGCAGCCGCGCUCCCGCAGCGACGUGGACCUGCAGGCGGCCACCGCCUCCGCCGCCCACCCCCUCUCGCCCUCCCCCCACCACGCCCCCUUCUCCGAUGGCGGGGUCAGCCCCUCUGAGGGCUCUGCCCCUGGCCUCGCCUCCUUGCUGGCCCCCUCCCCUCAGGAGGAGCUGGAGCCCCGCCUCCUGGAGCUGGAGCAGGACCCCCCCAACUGGAGGGAGCAGGCCCCCAGCGACGCCCUGAGGAACCUCAGCAAGAAGGAGACCAAGAGGCAGGAAGUCAUCAACGAGCUGUUCGUCACCGAGCACGCCCACGUGCGCAUGCUGAGCGUCCUGCAGACCAUCUUCUUCCGGCCGCUGGAGCGCAGGGAGAUCAUGACCCUCCCCGAGCUGGCCGCCAUCUUCCCCAACCUGGACGAGAUCAUCGAGAUGCACUAUAACUUCUACGACGACUUGAAGAAGCUGCGCCAGGAGGACAACUACAUCGUCAGAUCCGUCGGGGCCACGCUGCUGAACAGAUUCAGCGGGGCGGAGGGGGAGUGGUUCCAGAAGCUGACCGCUCGGUUCUGCGCGCACCAGACCUACGCCCUGGACCAGAUCAAAGGGAGGCAGAAGAAAGACGCCCAUUUUAACGCCUUCAUUCAGGAAGCGGAGAGCAAGCCUCAGUGCAGGCGCCUUCAGCUGAAGGACAUCAUCCCCACAGAGAUGCAGAGGCUCACCAAGUACCCGCUGCUGCUGAUGAACAUCGCCAAGAGCACAGUGGACCAAACGGAGAAGGAGAGCGUGGAGCAGGCUGCCGAGUGCUGCCGCAAGAUCCUGAACCACGUCAACGAGAACGUGAAGGACAUGGAGAACCUGCUGACCCUGAAAGACUACCAGCGCAGGCUGGACCCGUCUGGACUGAAGCCCAGUAAUGACCUGUACGUGGAGUACAAGAAUAUUGACCUGACUCAGAGGAAGAUGAUCUACGAAGGGCCACUGACUUGGAAGGUCACUAAGGAGAAGGCUAUAGACGUGCAGGGUGUGUUGCUGGGAGACAUGCUGGUGCUGCUGCAGAAGCAGGAUGAUAAGAUGGUGCUGAAGUGCCAGAGUAAGAGCAGCGCUGCUGUGCAGGAGGGGAAGCAGAUGCUCAGCCCCAUCAUCAAGCUGGACACCGUGUUCCUCAGGGAUGUGGCUACCGACCGGAAGGCCUUCUACGUGAUCUUCACCUGGGAGAGCGGGGCGCAGAUCUACGAGCUGGUCGCGCACUCCAUCGCCGAGAUGAAGAACUGGAAGGAGCUGAUCACGUCCACGGUGCAGGAGCUGAAGCGGAACGAGGGCACCCUGGACAGGAGGAGGAUGGGCAGCCUGAUCCCGCCGGGGGCGCUGUUCAGCUCCAGCCCUUUGGUGUCCCCACACUCUAGUUCUGAGAAUGGAGCAUUGUCAUUGAAAACCAGCUCUGACCGGGAUAAGGACAGCCUGUCUGAGGAGAAGGGAGGGGACUCCUCCCAGGCACUGAUGGAUCACCUCCUGGCCAGCGGCUUCGACCUCAUCGCCCACAGCAACGCCCCGCAGGAGAAGGUCGCUGACGAGGCCCUGAAACACGUUGGUUCCCUGAGGCUGCUGGUGAGCUCGGGCCUACCAGAGGACCGCGAUGCCGCAGAGUCGGGGAGGAGUGAAGGGGCGGAGCCAGAAGCACAGAGCUGUCAAUCAUCGGAUGGAGGGGUGAAGGAGAAGACCGAGGCAGCGAGGACGCUCGAAAGUUUGGAGGAACACCUGAAACACCUGCAGAAUGUGGAAGAUGAGUACCACCGGUUACAGGAACUCCUCUCCAAGUACAUCCUGUCUAAGGGCAACUUCCAGUGAAGCACACUGCCUCUACUGGACGACCAGAUCACUGUACAUGCUGGAAUUAAGUGGAAGACUUGUAUUUGGGGUGACUCAUCCGUGCUGCCUGGAGUUUCUUGUACGUGCUUGUCUGCUUGAGGGUUUUCUAGUCCCUUCUGAAGAUUGACAGUUGGCCACAGCCAGUAGUGAAGCUGGAGACAUCAGGAGGUGGGCUUUGACAGUGCAGUACUGUAGCCUCAUGGGACAGGGAGAACUAGCAUGUGUGUAUGCAUGCAAAUGCGUGUGUGUGUGUGUGCGUGCAUGUGUGUGUGUGCAUGUGUGUGUGUAUGCGUGCGUGUGUGUGUGUGCAUGCUUUUCCCUCUCAGGCUUUACUUGUGUGUGUGUGAGAGCGAGAGAGGCAAAUCAUUUGCAAGCUGGUGAUGUGUUGACGCCAGUAUUGCCUGCAAAUAUACUUUUUUAUUCCAGAAAAAACACAGUAAUGGUUUAAAGGAAACCUUGGAGCAUUCAAUCGAAAAGCAUUAAUAUGUCAUUGCCCUGCCGUUAGCAUUUAGCAUGUUCACCAGGACAGUCUGCAACCCCUAAAAAUCCAGUAUAUAAAUGCUGGGAAUGUGCUGUCCCCGUUCAGCUCAUAUAUGUGCCCUCAGUGCCCCAGACUGAGUUAAACGGCAUCGGCUCAAUGUGCUCUGCUACAGUAACUGGCAUGGCAGUGUUUUAUCUCCUAUCGGAAGCGCUAAUCAGAUUUCAUAAUUAUUUUGCGCACAUUAUAAUUGUAAAAAGGUUUGAUAAUUAAUAGGGGUUGAAAUUACCUCUUACUUUAAGGAAUAAAAUAUGACAUAUGUAUAUAUAUACUGUGCAUAUACACACAUACAGUAUAUAUACA